AUGGGAUUGCCUCAGAAGUCUCCGAGUGGGAACGAGUCAGAGGAAGUUCUGCUGAUCCUGAUCCUUCUGUUUGCUCUGAUCAUCAUCAUCAUUUUGGCUUUUACUUUCACUGGGAGACUUUCCUCCGUGUUGAGCUUCGAUGAGUCUCCUGUUGCUAAUCUGGGAGAGAACCACCUCCUCAGCUGCUUCCUGACCUCAGACCCGGCCCCAGCACUGUCCAGAACCACCGUGACCUGGACCAAGCGCGGCGUGUCCGGAGUGGUGUUCCGCUUUCAGAACGGAGCCGUGACCCUGCAGAACCAGAGCCCGCAGUUCAAAGGCCGAGCAGCGCUGUCCCGGGACGAGCUGCGGACCGGGAACGCCUCGCUGCUCCUGUCCGCCGUGAGGAGCCAGGACCGCGGACACUACACCUGCAUCGUGAGCUCUAGCACCGGGGGAGGGGCCGUCACGGUGGAGCUGCGCACCGGAGCCUUUUCUGCACCGUCCUUUACUUUAUCCAAAAAAAACUUGACGGCUGUGGCAGAGCGGUGGUUUCCAGAACCCAGAGUCACCUGGACGGACCUCAGUGACACGGUUCUGACCGGGACCACGAGUCUGAGGUCCACUGGUGCUGGAGUCUACAGGCUGGAGACAACACUAACCUCCAUUAACAGCAGCAGUACCUUUAUUUUGAAGAUUGAGAAUGACUUAAAGAUCUCGGUUUCUCAAGCAACAAUAGUAUCGGAUGGUGCCACUAGAGGGGGCGGUGGUGACGGUGGAACUACCCAGGGCCCAGGACUACCCCAUGGACUACCCCCACACAGGCCUCCAGAGACUCCCAUUGGUUUGGCUCUGAGUGCGGUGUCAAAUGUCCCCCUGGAAACCUCCUUCUUCGUCUGA